UUAAAAAGAAAAGAAAAGAAAAGAAAACCAUCCAUGAAAUUGAACAGAGGGAUGAAAUGAUGAAAAAUGGGAGGAAAUACGGAGCCCCUACGUGAUACAGACGAUUAAGCAACCUACUCUUCAUUUUGCCUCAGAUAAACCAGGAUAAUCCCCACGCCGGAUCCUUAACUGAAUCACAUCUGCAUCAUCCUUUUUCCCUACAAAUUAACAGAGUUCCCCUCAUGGCCCAGUUCUGAUAAACACAGGGAAAGGGAUUUGUGCGAAAUGGAUUUCCCAGACAGGAAUUUUGGUGCUAGUUUGACCACAGAAAAAUCCAUCAUAUUCCACAUUUCCGCUGACAUUUAGUAUUGCCAGCCUUUAAUUUCACCCAUUUUGGACUUCUAAUAGACAGUAGAGGUUACUGAAUAAAAAUUACUGACAAAGGCCAUUCUGAUCUUGUUCCAGAGCUCAAAAGAAGAAACAUUCACUUUUUUACCAAAGUGUCCCAAUCCUGUCUGUAUACAGAGGAGCUGCAGCCUAUCAGAGGCCUCAGAUAAGUACAGACAUGGCUGCAAGACUGAAAGUCUUUCUUCCUCUUAUCUCUCUUCCUUUUUUCUCAUUUCUCUAUAACUCCCAAUGAGAGGAAGUUUUAAAAAUUGUUUUGGUUAGUGCCAGGCAAGGGGACACAGAUCCCUAACAACACAUGUGCAGAUAUAACAUAGAAUUUGUUGGAGAAUCACCUUCAAGCAGAGAAAGACGAGAAGGACACCAUCCCCACACACUCACUUUUCCACAAUAGUGGUCUGGCAUAAAUGUUCUGUAUGUGUCAUGGCAAAUGUCCUGACAGAGUGGAUUUGCCUUUGCUGGGAGACUGUAUGUACGCAAAGCACUCCUAGAGAGAGACAGAGGAUAAGGCCCACUCUGUAACUCUGUUAGUUAGGGGUAAGUUAACCUAAGAGGAGUUAGGGAGCAUCUAGUUUCUUUAGCAGCAAGAAAUACAGUAAGGGAUCUGGGACCCAGAAACCACACCAGGAAGUAUGCACACUGAUGGCCGAGGUGGGUAUACCAAAGGUCCUAGAAAUUGCUUUGUAGUCCAGGAAAGCUGAAAUAAGUCUUGCUGUCUCUCUUUAGACUGCCUCAGUCUUUUUGAGCCAGCUCCCAGCUAAAGUAUACCAAAAGGGUCAUGCAAGCCAGGAUCUUAUAAAGUCCACUCAGCAUUCUCAGGAGGCCAGGAUCUGUGCAUUUACUGAUCAAGGGUACAAAGUGAAGAUGGGUGUUUGGGAAUCAUUGUUUUUGACCAAUCCUAGGCUGCUGAGCUCACACCCCUGGAACAAAUGGUAGCUGUUAGUGCUGCCUGGAAACCAUUACCGUUCCAGCUUCAUAACAGAAGAGCCUUGUCUAUGAGCUUUGGAGAUGGAGAGCGAAGGGAUUGAGAAUAGGGAUGGGAUGGAGGUUGUCGAGCAGAAGGUCAAGAGACCAGGUGUAGUAACGAAGAAAAUGCUAGUCAUGUCAAGUAUGCUAUGUGGAGGCAUCGCUUUUCUUCUUUGGGCAAUGUUAGGAUUUCCUAGAAAAUUUAAAAAUCCAAGGAUAUUUAAAGACAAUACAUGCUCUGAAGAUGAAACCAUAUGUCCACAAGGCUGGAACCAAAUCAAUAAUAAUUGCUUCUUUCAAUCUGAACAUGAAAAAACUUGGAUAGAUGGCCAAGCAAACUGCAUAGCCUAUCGUGGAUCUCUCGCCAUAUUCAACUCCAAGAAUGAAGUGGAAUCUUUGAUGCCCUAUCUGGAACCUUCUUCAUAUUGGAUUGGACUAAAGAAGCCAAAUGCAAGCGCACCCUGGGUGUGGGCAAAUGGAGAUGCAUUCGACAAUUGGUUUAAUAUUGAAGGAAGUGGAACGUGUGCCUUCAUGUUUAAGAACGGCAUAAGCAGUGCCAGUUGCAAUGAUGCAAUAAAAUAUAUAUGCAGCAGGGAAUCCUUUUGUCCUUAGACAAAGGGUCCUUCACGAUAAAGUAAAUAAAAUAA